UAGCCAAACUGAAGUGGAAUAUGUUUAGAUUCAGUUUUAUUUAUUUUAUUUAUUUUUUAUUUAUUUGUGUGAUUUAAGACGAUUAAUAGAUUUGCGUAUGCUAAUAAAUUUUGUAAAAUUAAGGUUAAAGGAUGGCAUGAAAUUACUGAUAUUGCGGCAAUAUUAAUGCAAGAACCAUCCGUCACAUCUCAAUUAAAUUAUCCGAGUGAUGUUCGCACUAUAUUCAUGCAAAUAUGCACUUUUACCCGGGGUGCGUGUUUUGGUUUAGGAGAGAAAAUGCUUCAUCGAAGAAUCGUAGCAAUUACUCCGGUUCGAUGUUUUCUUAUUCCACGAUAUUGGUUGCUUGAACACAACCGUGCCAAUAUCUGGGGUCGUGUAAAACAGUUUAUGAACUCAAAGUAUCCAACAAAGAAACAGCUGUUUAAUGAAUUUCUUCUAAAUCGAAAAUGGAUGACGUACAAGCAGAAUUUAGUUACAGAUGUUAUUAAUCGACGUGGUCAUUUUCGUAGUAAUACAACAAUACAUGACGUGCCGUAUUCCAUCAGAAUUACAGAUGAGAUAGAUCCUAAAUUUUAAUUACUUCUCCCAUUGUUUCUAUUCAAUCAAUUA